AUGUCCAAAGCAACAUUGGCUGUCAUUGCUGCCGCCAGUGCAGCCACUGGCGCUGGUGUUACCGCACUCCUCUUCUCCGGCAAAUCCUCCAAACCGCAACCGCAACAGCAACAACUGCCAACACCCACAACCCCAGGUGUCAAAGCUCCCUCAACAAUCGCACCCCCAACCCUAGCGGCCAAAGCGAUCGGUCCCGUCGACCCAGCCGGUGUCCUCCAAUAUGGCUUCCCGGGCCCAAUCGCCGACGAACUCUCCUCCCUCCCCCUACACGGCGCCUACGAUCGCCGCACUCGCAACCCCUCCUGGGUAGCCGAGCACAUCACACCGGCGUCUUUGGCAAUCAACAACGCCGACCGCAAGAAGAGCACCUUCUUCGAAGACACCACCAUUCCAGCCAUGUUCCGCGCCAAACUGUCAGACUACUUCCGCUCCGGCUACGAUCGCGGCCACCAGGUUCCCGCUGCAGACGCGAAGUGGUCCCAGGAUGCCAUGGACGGUACUUUCGCGCUGUCCAACAUGUGUCCCCAGGUCGGAGAGGGCUUCAACCGCGACUACUGGGCGCACUUCGAGACCUUCUGCCGUGAUCUCACCAAGAAAUACCCCUCCGUUCGCGUCGUUACAGGCCCGCUCUACCUACCCGCCCGUCAGCCGGAUGGCAAGUGGCGUGUCAGCUAUGAGGUUAUUGGCACUCCGCCGAAUGUCGCUGUGCCCACGCACUUCUACAAGGUCAUCUAUGCCGAGGACGGAACUAAUUCGCCCACUGCGAAGGUUGCGCUCGGUGCUUUUGUUCUGCCCAACGCUCGCAUUUCCAACGAUACACGUUUGACAGACUUUGAGGUUCCACUUGAGAUUGUUGAGCGUGCAUCUGGCUUGGAAUUCGGUUCGCAGUUGGACUUGAGCCGUCGUCGUCGCCUGUGCCAGGAGGUUGCUUGCCAGGUUACUGUCCGCGAAUUCAACAACGCCAAGAAGCGUUCUUAA